AUUUAUAAUCACCGGCUGACUUGGCUAUAGCGGCAAAUAUGAUACGGGCAGUCCUGUUUGUACUCGUGGCUCUAGGCUACACCAGUGCUACCACAGUCGUCUGCAGGGGCGGAGUCAACGUGCACGUGACGCUCCACCGAGAGGUCGUAGUUGUGACACCGGGUUACGACCGGGCACAGAACUACCCUAACUCCCACGUCUGUGCCAUAACGGUCACGGCGCCUUCCCCGACACAGAAGGUUCGCGUCGAUUUCGAAGACUUGGAUUUGGAAUCGAGCUUUCAGUGCCACGCCGACCGACUGGACAUCGAAGAGGUACAAGGCAGAAACCUGUACCAGGUGGGCUCCUACUGUUCCACGGUACGACCAAAGUCCUACGUGUCUCUUACGAGCAGUCUCAAGUUCUCUUUCGUAAGCAACAAGCUACGCUCUGGACGAGGAUUCAGGAUCCGUGUCACGCCGACGAGUUCACGAACUGUCUGCGGCAGAGGAAGCCUCCAGUGCAGUAACCGAGAGUGCAUUUCUGCUUCCAAGCGCUGUGAUGGUAUCUACGACUGUCAAGAUGCAUCGGACGAAAUAGGCUGCCCCCGGAGGCCAAAUUUGCAGAGAGCCCGUUGCGGAAGGUCCGUCAUCCAGCCAGACGAAACGUCGAAUGACCGUGUCGUCGGCGGCCAGGAAGCUGUUCCACACAGUUGGCCUUGGCAAGUGAGCUUGCAGAGGAAGCUGGCCGAACCAUUGGACCAUUUCUGCGGAGGUACCAUAAUCUCGAACCAGUGGAUCAUUAGCGCCGCACAUUGCUUCUCCAGCUUCGAAAGGGCUAAUGACGUCAUUGUUAAGGCUGGCCUUCACGAUAUGCUGAACCCUAAUGAGGAACUACAGAUCAGGACUCCACAAGUCAUUAUCUCGCAUCAAAAUUUCAGACGCGGAUUUGAUAUGAACUACGAUAUUGCCCUGGUCAAGGUUUCCGUUCCAUUCAACUUCACGGAGGCCGUACGUCCAGCAUGUCUGCCUGAAGACGACAAACCUCCUCCAGUGAAUGCCACUUGUUACUCCACUGGAUGGGGACAGACUCGAGGCAGCGGCAACGCUUUCCGACUGAAACAGACCAGGCUUAACGUUGAAGACGUCAACUACUGCCGAAGCGGUCACAGGGCGCACGUCGCAAGGUUAGGCAUCCACGGAGAUAACUCCGUCUGUGCAAGAAGUUUGGAUACGAUCUCCGGUCCUUGUCAUGGAGACAGUGGAGGUCCCCUGGUAUGUCAGGCUGAAGCCGGCCAGUGGGUUGUCUAUGGAGCCACCAGCCUGGCCGCAGACACCUCUGUCGCUUCCACCGUCUGCGGCAUGGGUGCAGCCACAAUUUGGAACAGUGUAGCCAGUCACAGGGAGUGGGUGCUACGACAAGUUAAUACGUACUGAACACUGAGAUAGCGGUACUGAGGCCCAAGGACAAGGCGUACAUAGAGGACAGCACCUUCAAUUCACAUUCAUCGCUUCACAAUUCUAUGUAUCUGAGUUUGCAAGGUUUGCAGUCAUGUUGCUUAAAGAGCAUGGAAAGCACCUCAAAUAUAUAUAUAUAUAUAUAUAUAUAUAUAUAUACAUUACCGCGGGAUAUGACCGCAUCACCUUGAGGAACUGUCACGCAAAAAAAGUUCCCCUAGGAAGCGCAUAUUUGCUGAAAAAACUAGUGUACAAGAACGUGCCCAGCGGUCGCGAUACCUUCCAGCUCCUUCGGUCGUGCUGUGACAUCAGAUCAGCUAAGCACUUUUAUUGGCUGGUGAGAGUCUGCAACGGCGCGAGUGCAAGGCGACAAGUCGACUGUUCUGUUUCAAACGCGGGUCGGGCCGCGCCUAAUACAACCACAAAAAGAAAAGUAGGUGCGCGCCUCGCUAUUGGGUGGCCGAGGUGACGUCAUGGACUGGCAGCUGAGAGAAGGAGCUUGUCUGGCCCGCAAUACGGAAAGCUCUCUUGCAGAGCAAAUUUGCGCUUUAAUAACACUUGUAUUUUUUUCUGAGAAUAUGCCAUUGCCACGCUCUUUUAAUUGUACUUUUAAUGUGAACUCGAAACUCAGUGCCUUUAAGCACUCUGAUUCAUGUCAUGUCAUGUCAUGUUGAAAUAUGGAUCUUGUUACCAUUUCCGAAGAACGUAGCAAGAACAAUCAUGGAACUUAGAACUGUAGGAAGUAGGAACUGCAUCUGUAAGUUAGACGUUAUGGGGGGUUCCGCAGUCUAUAGUACUGUGGUGCUCGCAUUCAUCCUGCAUUAUACAAUAAGGUUCAGGCUAUAUUCAUAGUAACAGGAAAGUCCCGAUGCUGUCAGGACAUGGCUACCACAAAGCGUCACUGUGACUGAAACAUUGUUUUAAGAAAGUGAGGGGGCCUCCUGUCCCCUCUCUUAUCAUCCCCAUAAUUGCUGUAGACGAAUUAUUUAUUACAAGCCCAUAACAUGACAUUCUCGCUUUCUGCAAUGUUUGAUGUUGGCGUAUGACAAUACUGAGAAUAAAAAGCUCUCUAACGAUGGAAA